AAACUCACACCAUUCCUCUUAUUUCUCUCCAUGUCACAAAACUAAGCAACUAUACUCACUCUCUCAACACACACACACACAUCUCAACUACCACCGCAUCUCCGCCAUGUCCGCCGCCCUAGAGUGCUGGUCAAGCCGCGCCAGCACCGACGAAGACAUGGUCGAACAAGUCCUCAUGCGAACUCAACACAGAUCCGAGUCUCUAAACGAUGCCGUACUGUCGUCUGCUGUUUCUCCCGGCGGCGCUGCCGGAUUUAAGGAGACGUCGGCGAUGCAGAAAAGGAUUCAGAGGCUGAGUCGGAACGUGUCGGAGGCGAUUGCGUCGCUGAAGAACUCGUUGAAUUUGGAUUCCCCGGGGCCGUCGGGUCGGGUUGAGAAUUGCAGGAAGAAUGUGUGGGCCGGAGUUGUGAGGAACUUGACUCAGCUUUAUCCUGGUAGUCAGCUGCCCGAGAAACUAGUUUCGAAUAUUCGAAAGCAUUACGAUUCUUUGCCUCUUAGUUAUGCGCAAGCUGGAUUUGAAAUGAAGGAUGUGUUUUUGCAUAUUAAGUUGAUAGAGCAGGCAUCUGUGCAAGAUCAUCCAGCAAUUCUGAUACAAGAGGUGUCUGAUGAUGAAGUUCAAGGGUCUGUGUUCAAGCUUGUAUUUGCUUGUACUUCUUCGCUUUCGUGGCCGACUAUGUCUGGUGCUUUGGAUAAUGCUUCGAUUUGUUGUAAGAAGAUACAGAUCUUUGAGAAGAAGGGUUUUACUUUAGGGAUAGUUCUUGUGUUGGUGCAGUCUGGUCAGGAAAAGUUGUUUAAGAAUCGGAUUGAUAGUGCGUUGAAACUGGGAUUAAAGAAGCCGAAGAAUAGUGGGAUGAAGCUUCCAUUUGGGUUAUGUGGGUGUCAAGAAGAGAGUACUAGGGGAAGAGAGCUUGGAGUUGGAGAGGUUGACGAGGAUUCUGGGGAAAGUAGGAAUGGGAGUGAGAAUUCAAACUCAAGGGUGCAGCUUCAAUUGCCUUUGUCAAAUUCGGCUUUUGUGGUUUCAGUUGACGAGUGGCAAACUGUGGAAUCUGGAGGGGAUGAAAUUGGUAGAUGGUUGCUGAACCCUGAUAAUCUUGAGUUUAUGGAUCAGAUUGGAUCCAGCACAUACAAGGGACUUUACAAGGGUAAAAAGGUUGGAAUUGAGAAGCUUAAAGGGUGUGAUAAGGGAAAUUCGUACGAGUUUGAAAUUAGAAAGGAUCUUUUAGAGUUAAUGACAUGUGGGCAUAAGAAUAUCUUGCAAUUCUGUGGAGUAUGCAUUGAUGAUAAUCAUGGGUUAUGCGUUGUGACCAAAUUGAUGGAAGGUGGAUCAGUUCACGAUCUUAUGCUUAGGAAUAAAAAACUUCAGAAUAAAGAAAUUGUUAGGAUCGCUGCUGAUGUAGCGGAAGGAAUCAAGUUCAUGAAUGAUCAUGGUGUUGCAUACAGAGAUCUGAACACACAUAGGAUUCUGUUGGAUCGACAUGGAAAUGCUUGCUUGGGAGAUAUGGGAGUAGUGGCGGCUUGUAAAAGUGUUACUGAAGCCAUGGAGUAUGAAACUGAUGGUUACAGGUGGCUAGCCCCUGAGAUCAUUGCAGGUGACCCAGAAAGUGUAACAGAAACAUGGAUGAGUAAUGUAUAUAGCUAUGGGAUGAUAGUAUGGGAGAUGGUGACUGGUGAGGUUGCUUAUUCUGCAUAUUCGCCCGUGCAGGCUGCUGUUGAGAUAGCUGCUUGUGGACUUAGACCUGACAUCCCAAAAGACUGCCCACAACUCCUGAGAGCGCUGAUGUCGAAAUGUUGGAACAACUGUCCUUCAAAACGUCCUCAUUUUUCAGAUAUUCUAUCAAUAUUGACACGCCCCGUAAACAAUGGGAACAACACUAAUAGGUAAAAUAUAAACAUUAUCCUCGCGCACUAGUUUGAGGGUUAAAAAGUUGUUUUUGUACAAAAGGCAUUAUGUAUCUCUGAGCUUAUUUUAUCCCACAUUUCUGAUGUUGAUCUACAAUGUUCAGUCUUCUCAGCAGAAAUUUAAAUAUAAUAGCCUUCCUGUGAUUUCUAGUCAGUCUCCCAUACCUCCUCUCACUUGCAAGGGAAAAGGUGAUUAUAUUUACACAAGUAUAAACAUGAUAUGAAGAUGUGGCUAGUGGGGAACAAAUUUUGUGCUUUCCUGGUACGUGUUACCAUGAUGAAGGAUUAGGUAUUGUAUGAUUUUGUAAGAAUCAUUAAAAAGUUAGAUUAGGUAUCGUGUGAUGUUGUAUAUUGUAUCAAGAAUCAUAAAAAGUUAGGGAGAAAGUAGAAAGAUGCAAUUGAAGUAUAUGAUGUUUGUGUCCUAAUGGACCAGCAAGUUAGGAGUACUUUAUGGCUUUUGUAUAAGCAUGCACUUUUUGUUUC